AUGGAGCGUGACACAAUACUCGCUGGACAACGCGUGGACGUCUUUCUUGAACCGCUGGAAUACAGAGGGCGCCGCCUAAUUCAUCUCCACCUCGAAAGACGCGAAGCGAACCAUGAAGAGCGCUCGGAGAGCGCUCUGUCAAGGCGGAUUCACAACGUGGCAUAUGACGCCGACCGCGGCUGCAGUAUGUGCAUUACACCAGUAAGUGCACCUGGUGUUCGGACAACGGUCACCCGAGACCCAGUCAGGGAGUUUCAACGAGAGAUGGAGGGCCGUCACGCUGGAACCAUGCAGCGUGGUCAGCGCGAGGAGGCCGAAACCGCUCGGACCCGGCGGCGCGCUGUGGAACGGCUGAGCCGUCUGGAACGCGAGAUGUCGGAGUUGCGCCGGGAGCUGGAGGAGCCUCCACGCCCUGAACGGGGGCAUUCUGAUUGGUGGGAGGCAAAGGCGCGGCGCUAG